AUGUCCAAUCCCAGUAAGAUUGCAGUCAAAGAGGCGGACGGCCCGAAUGGCUCUCCCUACCUUUCAAACAUGAUUGUGUCAGGCAAGACGGUCUAUCUCGCUGGGUGCAUUGGAAUCGGCGAAAACAACGCGCUAGUUCCCGGAGGUGUUGCCCCAGAGACUACCCAGGCAUUGAAGGAGGCUGCUAAGCGUCUUGCAUUCAUUGGGCUGCACCUUUCCGAUGUUGUCAGCGUUACCAUCUACAUCAGCAACUAUGCCGAGAACUUUUCUGGUCUCCAGAAGGCAUAUCUCGCAGCGUUCCCCACCGACUCGCCUCUGCCCGUCCGUUGCGGCAUUGGAGUGGCGGCUCUGCCCCUCAACGCUGCCGUCGAGUUCUCCAUCAUUGCCGCUACACGCGAUUAG